UGACCACUCACGUAUAUAAAUAGCCUCACGACUCUAUCAUGAAGGCCAAACUUGAGAACCAAUCGAAAACGGUUGCACGUGCGAUAGUGCUGCAGUUUUCCAAUAAGCGUGUUAUCAUGUUUAUUUACAGCUGAUUUUUAGCAUAUUUAGUAUACACAGUUGAUGUAUUGUGCAGAAGCCUGGUGUAGGUUUGAAAGAGAUCUACAUGGGGAUUCCCUGAGAAUUGCAGAAUUUUCGAAGAUUUAAUCCAGAAGACCUUAUUGUGAGGCAUUCAAAUUUAUUUUAUUUUUGCAUUUGCAAUUCACAUUGCUCUGUGGAAUUAAGAUGUUGAUUGACAACAGAAUAUUGGAUGAUGUCUUUCCAACACAGCUUGGGGAAAAGCCAGUGGAUUUAGUUUCAAGUACCAAACAUUACAGAAUAAAUGCAGAGGUGUCCUUUGGUGACAUCAAUAAUAAUUCUGAGUAUAUAAGAAAUUCACAGCAGAAAAGGAGAGAAAGAUCUGAGAGCAGUGAAUCUAAAGACAGUGGUGUUGACUCAAUCAGUUAUGCAAAUUCAGAUCUUGACACAACCUGCAAAAAGUGUGAUAAAAAUUGCAAAGUGCAUGAUGACAUUGGAACAAAGCUUGACUGUGACAAAAAAACUGAAGCUUACUGUAAUAUAGCAGAGGUAACAAAUAGUGAACAGAGUGAGGACUCAAGUGGUAAUAAGACUGAUAAAAGUGCUUGGUCAAAGUGGAUCCCAUCAUUUUUAUUGGAACCAGAGUAUAUUUUGAAUUCUUUGAAUAAAAAAGGAUUCAUCCACAAGCAUGCUGAUUCAUUAUUUAGUACAGAUAGUGGCUUUACCAACUACAGGGGCUUGUUGAAUCUCUGUAUUCUUUUGUUGGCGCUGUCAAAUACCAGAUUGUUUAUUGAAAAUUUGAUCAAAUAUGGAAUCCUGAUUGACCCUCUCAAGGUCAUCCAGUACUUCCUGUCAGAACCAUACAGCUGGCCCAACGCCCUUCUACUGUUUUCUGAAAAUUUCUACAUAUUAUUUGCAUUUGCUGUAGAAGUAUUGUUAUCAAAAGAAUGGCUGUCAGAGAGGUUAGGAAUGGUGCUGAAUGCGACCAAUCUGUUACUGAGCUUAACGGUGCCAGCGACAGUUAUCCUGUACGUCCACCCUAACCCAGGGUUUUCUGUUGUCACUUGUGGGGUGGCCACUGUUGUAUUUCUCAAGUUAGUCUCCUACGUUUGUGUCAACAAAUGGUGUCGAGAAAAGAAGGCAGAAGUCAAAAAGUCACACCGUAGAAAGUCAGUCAGUAUGUCCGAACCAGCCCUCUCAAAGAACUUGAUGAAUGGUGAUGUCCAAACAACUUUUGUCAGUUACCCAGACAACCUCACACUGAAUGACAUGUAUUAUUUCAUCUGUACACCAACCCUCUGCUAUGAACUCAACUUUCCAAGAACCAUCCGAAUCAGGAAAAGAUUUCUACUUAAAAGAAUUGUAGAAAUGAUGUUUUUGGCCCAGCUAAUGACAGGCUUAGUGCAACAGUGGAUCAUACCCACGGUGAACAAUUCCCUGAAACCACUCACAGAUAUGGAGAUUCCUUUAGUGAUUGAAAGACUUCUUAAAUUAGCUGUUCCCAACCACUUGAUUUGGCUGAUCUUUUUCUACUGGUUCUUCCAUUCCUGUCUAAAUGUGUCGGCAGAAUUAUUGCGCUUUGGAGACAGAGAGUUCUACAAAGAUUGGUGGAAUGCCGAGUCAAUUUCUGAAUUCUGGCAAACUUGGAACAUUCCUGUCCAUAGAUGGGCGCUCAGACAUUUAUACAAACCACUUCUUCGACGUGGUGUGUCUAAACAAGUUGCUUCAGUGGCUGUGUUUGCUACCUCAGCUUUCUUCCAUGAGUAUUUACUUAGUGUUCCUCUAAGAAUGUUUAGAGUGUGGGCUUUCACAGCAAUGUUGGGGCAAGUACCCCUGGCAAUGUUUACAGCAAAGUUUUGUAAAGGUCGCCACCAGAUCGGGAACAUGAUUGUGUGGUUGUCCCUCAUUCUGGGCCAGCCAAUCGCCAUCCUAGCCUAUGUCCAUGACUAUUACGUCGGAAAUGUCCUUCUGUCCUUCCAUAACUGAGGACUGAAAUUUUGAGUGUAUUAGGGUAAAAAAAAAAAAAAUAAAAAUAAAUAUAUUUUUGGAUGUGCCACACAAGUUGCAAAUGAAACGUGAAGAAUUAGAAAUGAUUACUUUGUGUUUAAAAAACACAAUAUAAAUGUGAGACUAUUUGGUGUUUCAAAAACACAAAGAAGUUGAUUGUAAAAGUGAUUUUGAUUAUUUUGUGAUGUUGAAGUUUUGAGAGAGUAUCAGACUUCAAUGUACUAGUUGAUUGUUUUGUUCAUUAAUUGUAUUAUAAUGCAACUAAAAUAUGUAUUGCCUCGUCAUAUGAGGGUACAUAUCACAUGUAGCUACUUUAAUUUCUUUUGAUUUUUUUUCACAAGAUUUGCUCCUUAUUUGUAUCACAACCAAUGCAAUUAAAAUAAUAUGUAAUACACCGUCAUAUGAAAUAAACUAUUUACCUGUAACUACACCAAUUUUUUGAAUGGAGAAAAACCUGUUACAAAUUACAUUUGUGCAUGAUUAUGUUCUGCAAGUUUUUAUUUUGUUUUGUUGUUGAUCUAUUCUGAACCUUUUUCUCUGUUUUGAAUUACAUGUAUAAGGAAGCAUUCUGCAUAUUUGACAUUAUUUAAUAUAGAAAAGUUUGUUUCCAUGGUUUGUUAUGAAGCUAGUCAAUGAGUUCAUAUGUAAAUGUUCAGUCUAAAAAUAAAACACUCUCAGGGUUAUGAAGAACAAAGACUUCAAGCUCAUUCCAAACAAAACAAAUAGAAGAGAAUAUUUUUUCUUGUUCAACACCUUAAUUCUUGAAUCAACACCUUUGUAUCUUGAUGUUUUUCGCUUUUUUGAUCCUGUUAUAUUUAUAUGCCUGAAAACCUUUCUUUAAAAAAAUUUCCUCUGAUUUUUUUGCUAAAAAAAUAAAUAUCUAUCAAUCAUAUCACAUACAGCCGAUGAUUGCAGGGGAUCACCAUGGUAUGAUAGAAGCUUAGAAUAAAAUAGAGCAGAAGCCAGUAUUAUGUAUAUGAUUUUUAUGUCUUUAUGUAAUUCAUAUACAGAUAAAGUGUUGCCCAUAUUGAAUCACUGUGCGAUUCCUUGCUGAUCUCACAUGCUGUCUCCAAGAUAUAACAAAUAAGCUGUGAUUUUUGAGACAUAAUGAGCAUUAUUUGUGAACCUGUAUAUUUUCAAAUAGUGAUGCAUUCUUUGAGUCCAUUUACAUGUAUUUGUAUAGAGAUAGUUACUGUACAUGUAUUAUGUGUGUUGUUUUGUUCUGACAUUAAUCAUUUAACCAUAAUUUUGUACCAAGUGCAUCUGCUUAAUUAACUUGACACUUUAGGGCAAAAUCUUGCAGAUUAUAUUGAUAGCAACAUGGGGCUGGAUUCUGGCAUGUGCGAAAGCAAUAGACGUUUUUGUGAGGAUGUUUUUUUCUCUCCUCAACAGAUACUGAGUAACAAUUCUACUUAAUUACACUCUUGCAUUUAACAAUUAUAAAAGAUGUAAGAAAUAGUUUUAAUUAUUGCCAGACCAGUCUUUAUUUAGAGUUUCUAUUCUAUAUAAAAUUCUAUUUGUACCUUAUAUAUUGUACAUUGAAAGCUUUAUAACUAAUGCAAAUAAAAAUAAUUCAAUACACAUGAAUCACUUCUUGUCUGAUAUCUUCAAUAAUGGAUCAAAGAAUGCCUAGAAGAACAAAUGUCAUUUGCAUGUACAUAUACCUGGUACAUGCAUGACAUUGUUUAAUUCAUGCCUAGAAAA